AUGUCUUUCAAUUUUUCUAAUAUUGGGAACUCUCCAUCUACUCAGUCUAUUAGUCAUUUGUUUGCUACUCCAUCCACCACCCCAUUCACCCAUACCCCAUCCACCGCCCCACACUUCUCCCCUGCUCAAAACAAUCCCAAUAUCAAUCCCACCCUUCUGGAUGAAGAUGUCAUCCCAACUCACUUUACUGAUGCCCUCACCAAUCAGUUUAGUUUUGGUGAUUCUGAGCAGGACCUAUGGCAUAACCUCUAUGGCUUUGCAAAUGCAGCCAUUUUCGGCUUAAUCAAGGAAAACCAGGCAAUGACCAAUAAGGCUAAUGUCCAUAUUGUUGCUGGAGACAUAAUUUUUGAGGCUAGCCAGAUCACAUUUAUGACAAUCCACUUCAACAUUGAGCUGCAAGAUAGUGUCAUCAGAGACCAAACAUGCACACUCUCUGAUUUUGUGUUUGAAAGUGUGCAGCAGUACAAAAUUGGUGGCCCCACUUCAGGCCUCACACCAGCAUGCACUGCUCAACUUGCUAUACUUCACCAUCUUGCUUAUGAAAAUCCUGAGCUCCUUGACUGUGAGGAAGAUGUUGAGGACAAUUCACCACCAAUGGAAGAUGACUCAGGCUCAUGGCACCACUCUGCCCAAGAGCCUCAAAGGAAAAAGCAAAGCAUGGUGGCCAUGUCCCUAGGGGAGAGGAUUUCUGGUCACAAGUGGAAAAUGGUUUGA